AUGAAUAUCUUUUCAUACUAUUUAAAAGAACUUAUUUUCAAAAUACUAUAUAUAUUAAUUAUAAGUAUUACAUUACUGUUAAUAAUAAUAUUAAAAACAAAAACGAUACUAUUCUUUCUACUCUCUCCUCUUAAAGAAACUAUUAUCUCAAGCCACAUAUACUUAUAUACAUCUGAAGUAAAUUUACUCGUACAUAAUAGUAUAACUAACACCCAAUUUAAAUUCCUUCCACUGAUUGAAAUAACACUCCCUUUUGUAAUUAAUUCAUAUUACUAUUAUAAAUAUAUUAUUCUAUUCUCCAUAUAUUUGAUAACACCCCUGCUACUAUAUAUAAUAACAAUAACUAUUAAUGUUAUACUAUACAAAAAAGAAUAUCGGUUAUUCCUACAUAAUAUUAAGUGGUUAAUGUACAUACUACUAAUGAAUAGUAUAGUAACUCAAUAUUGUAUAAUCCCACUAUACAUUAAAUAUACAUUUAGCCAUUUAAUAGAAUUUCAAUUUUAUGAAUUUGACAUAGAACUAAAACUAAUAAAUUACCUAGACCUAUAUAUAAAUGUUUUAUAUACUAAUAUAUUAAUUGUCUUCUUCUAUAUAUAUAUAAAAAAACAUAUUAAAGUUAAUAACUAUAUAGUAUAUAUACUUAUACUUAUACUGCUACCUAAUGAAAUAAUGCUACAAACGACUUAUGUUAUCGUACUGACAUCAUGUAAUAUGUUGAACAACAUUAUUAUAAAGUACAGAAAUAAAAUUAAAAAAUAUAAACUAACGGAAUUAGAGGUGAAACAUUAA